CACUACAGGAAGUAUCAGAAUGAUACCGCAAAUUCCAAAAGUCUUAGACACUAAUGACUAUUCACAAACAUUGGGGAUAUCACACCAGAUAUUUAAAAAUGAUGAUGAAUUGGCAGGAACUGGGAAGCAAUCAUUUUGUACAGAGAGUAAUUUAGUCAUCAAACAAGAGGACAACAUUUAUGAUUUAUCUAGUGAAAUUAUUAUCCCAGAGGAUAAACCACACACAUUUACUGAGAUUUCAAAACAUAUUAAAGAAGGGAAAAGUCUACAAUCUAGCCAAAUGAUUCAUACAAAGGAGAAACCUUUCCAAUGUACAAAGUGUGAGAAAAGCUUUAGAUGGAAGUCUCAUCUACUAAAACACUACAAAAUGCACACUGGUGAGAAACCACACACAUGUACUGAGUGCGGCAAAUGUUUUACACUAAUGGCUAAUCUGAAAACUCAUAAAAAGAUUCACACAGGAGAAAAGCUUUUCACAUGUACAGAGUGUGGAAAAAGUUUUACAGAAAAGAGUGAACUUAAAAGGCAUGAAAGGAUUCACUGCGGAAAAAAGCCUUUCACAUGUACAGAGUGUGGAAAAAGUUUUACACAAAAGAAUGAUCUGAAAAAGCAUGAAACGAUUCACACCGGAGAAAAGCCUUUCACAUGUACAGAGUGUGGAAUUUUUUUUAUACAUCUGAGUAAUCUGAAAACUCAUGAAAGGAUUCACACAGGGGAAAAUCCAUUCACAUGUACAGAGUGUGGAAAAAGUUUUACACAAAAGAGUUAUCUGAAAACUCAUGAAAAGAUUCACACAGGAGAAAACCUUUUCACGUGUACAGAGUGUGGAAAAUGUUUUACACAAAAGGGUGAUCUGAAAACUCAUGAAAGGAUUCACACAGGAGAAAAGCCUUUCACAUGUACAGAGUGUGGAAAAAGUUUUACACAAAUAAGUAGUCUGAAAUAUCAUGAAGUUAUUCACACAGGAGAAAAGCCUUUCACGUGUACAGAGUGUGGAAAAAGUUUUACACAAAAGAGUAGUCUGAAAUAUCAUGAAGGUAUUCACACAGGAGAAAAGCCUUUCACGUGUACAGAGUGUGGAAAAAGUUUUGCACGAAAGAGUAGUCUGAAAAUUCAUGAAAGGAGCCACACAGGAAAAAAGCAUUUCACAUGUACAGUGUGUGGAAAAAGUUUUACACGAAAGAGUAGUCUGAAAACUCAUGAAAGGAGUCACACAGGAGAAAAGCCUUUCACAUGUACAGAGUGUGGAAAAGGAUUUACAAUUAAGAUUUAUCUGAAAACUCAUGAAAAGAUUCACACAGGAGAAAAGCCUUUCACAUGUACAGAGUGUGGAAAAAGUUUUACACAAAAGAGUUAUCUGAAAACUCAUGAAAGGAUUCACACAGGAGAAAAGCCUUUCACAUGUACAGAGUGUGGAAAAAGUUUUACACAAAUUAGUAAUCUGAAAACUCAUGAAAGGAUUCACACAGGAGAAAACCUUUUCACGUGUACAGAGUGUGGAAAAUGUUUUACACAAAUGGAUCAUCUGAAAACUCAUGAAAGGAUUCACACAGGGGAAAAUCCAUUCACAUGUACAGAGUGUGGAAAAGGUUUUACACAAAUUAGUAAUCUGAAAACUCAUGAAAGGAUUCACACAGGAGAAAACCUUUUCACGUGUACAGAGUGUGGAAAAUGUUUUACACAAAUGGAUCAUCUGAAAACUCAUGAAAGGAUUCACACAGGGGAAAAUCCAUUCACAUGUACAGAGUGUGGAAAAAGUUUUACACAAGAGUAGUCUGAAAAGUCAUGAAAGGAUUCACACAGGAGAAAAGCCUUUCACAUAUACAGAGUGUGGAAAAAGUUUUACACAAAUGAGUGAUCUCAAAACUUGUGAAAGGUUUGUUCCAUUGUGAAUCCUUUUACAUGUUUAGAAAGUAGGGAUGCCACCUUUUGCCCAGCCGAUUCCCUGGCACUUUGCAAAAUAUAUUUUACCAUUUUUUGGUAUGCCAUUUAAAGGAUUGAGUGUUAGAAUGUUUAAUUUAAUACACACACAGCAAUGAUAGCUAGAUAUAGUCAGAUAUAUUCAGUUUGGUAGACAGACUGAAAGAAAGGUAUAUACAUAAACAGAGACAUAUAUAUAUAUGUGUGUGUGUAUAUAUAUAUAUAUAUAUAUAUAU